GCGCCAAAUAAUCUUGUUCUGCUAUCCAAGUCUCCCCCGCCAGCCCUAAUUAUCGACCGCUAAUUGGAGUCCCACUCAUUCGUAGGCGUCCACGUAAACUGCCAUGCUCAAGAGGCAUUCGUGAACCGAUUGUGAGUUCUGGGGCUGGUCGUUCGCGAAAGGAGGUUAUGCUGCAUACCGUUUUGCUCCGAAAGACGAAGGAAACAAGAUAAGAGCAAUCGGGAGAAAGGUACAGCACAAUACAGGGCCUCCACCAUGGCGAAUCAAAGCGGCAAUGCUGAGGGGGAAGGGCAAGGGAAACAAGAAUUACGCAACCUGGCGCUAGAUAUGAUACCAAUCUCAUCAUCUGCGGCUGGGGGAGCGUUUCGUAGGUAGUCUAAUGGUGGUCCCUGAACUGGAGACAAGCUCCGUCGUCGUCGUUGUCGUCUUUGUUGAUGUUGAUGUUGAUGUUGUUGUUAUCGUCGUCGUCGUCGUCGUCGGCAUUACUGGUCUUCUCGGCGCCGACCCCCUCCCUUCCAUGUUGAACUUAUUCCUCUUGUUCAGAACAACUGACCCCAUAUCCAGGGCUGUGCUCUCCUUCGCAGAGGCUUCUCCAUUCAGGUGCAGCUUACGUGUGUCACUCACACCAGGAAACGGACCUAAUUCCUUAUUCAAGUGAUCUCUUCGUGUUUUCUGACAACUUAGCAUUACCUACUUACUGUCAAGCCCACAUGAUGUUCCCAUCAAGCAGCAUGGGCCCUCACACCUGAUACCAACCAAAGAUUCGCUCGCCCUAACCACCUUCCUCCUCUCACUAGUGAACCCAGGUUAGGCAUUUUCGAGACUAGUCUCCGGCGAGAA